UUUUCGCGCACAUGCCGUCUCCACCUCUUCUCGUCGUCUGCUCCAUUUCUAAUCUUACCUAAACCUGCUUGCUCUCCCACUACAACAUCCCCUCUGUGGUAUGAGAGAGGAGAGGUCGGACAUGUCGGAGGACGAGGACGGUGGAGGAGGAGUGGAGCAGAAGGAGCGCUGGGGGCCGUCUCAUGGCGGCGGCGGCGGCUGCGGUUCCGCUAAGAGCCGGGGUGGAGUCUGGACGGAUCCGCCGCCGCCCUUCUCCGACCAGGUGCUGGAGAACGUGCUCGAGAAUGUCCUCCAGUUCCUGGUGUGUCGCCGGGACCGGAACGCCGCGUCGCUGGUCUGCCGGUCGUGGUACCGGGCGGAGGCCCAGACCCGGGGCGAGCUCUUCAUCGGCAACUGCUACGCCGUCUCCCCCCGGCGGGCGACCGACCGGUUCCGCCGCGUCCGGUCGGUCGUCCUCAAGGGCAAGCCCCGGUUCGCUGAUUUCAGCCUGGUGCCCCUCGGCUGGGGCGCCCACUUCUCACCCUGGGCCUCCGCCAUGGCCACUGCCUACCCCUGGCUCGAGAGGAUCUGCCUCAAGCGGAUGUCCAUCGCCGACUACGACCUCUCCCUCCUCGCCUUCUCCUUCCCCUUCUUCAAGGAUCUCACCCUCAUCUGCUGCGACGGGUUCGGCACCCUCGGCCUAGCUGUCAUCGCCGAGAAGUGCAGGCAUCUGCGGGUGCUAGAUCUGAUAGAGGCCUAUUUGGAGGAAGAAGAGGAGGAUGAGGUCGUGGAUUGGGUUUCCAAGUUCCCACAGACAACAACGAGCUUGGAGACACUCGGGUUCGAUUGUGUGGUCUCCACAGUCAAUUUCGAGGCAUUGGAGGCGCUGGUCGCCCGAUCUCCUGCCCUCCGGCAGCUGCGGGUGAAUCACCAUGUCACCGUAGACCAGCUCUUCCGUCUCAUGGUGCGGGCGCCCCAGCUCACCCACCUUGGCACAGGGUCCUUCGGACACCCUGCAGCCCUGGCUCUACAAGGAGACGUAAUGGAGCAUGACGCUGAUCUCGUAUCUGCCUUUGCUGCCUCCAAGUCGAUAGUCUCUCUCUCAGGCUUCCGCGAUGUUGCAUCUCAGUACCUCCCUGCUAUUUACCCAGUCUGUGCCAAUCUCACUACCCUCAACUGUAGCUUCGCCGAGAUAACUGCUGAUGAGCUGAAGCCCGUGAUCCACCAUUGCCAUAAUCUUCAGAAAUUCUGGGUUCUUGACACGGUGCGUGAUGAGGGGCUUCAAGCAGUGGCAGCCACAUGUAAGGACCUCCGAGAGCUGAGGGUGUUCCCUUUAAAUGCAACAGAGGACUCCGAGGGGUUUGUCUCAGAUGUUGGUCUUGCAGCUAUUUCUCAGGGUUGCCGGAGACUCCGAUCAAUUCUAUAUUUCUGCCAGCAGAUGACUAAUAAGGCAGUUAUAACAAUGUCCAAGAAUUGCCAGGAACUUGUUGUGUUUCGCCUUUGUAUCAUGGGUCGCCACCUCCCUGACCACCUUACCAAGGAGCCCAUGGAUGAGGGAUUUGGGGCUAUAGUGAUGAAUUGCAAGAAGCUAACCAGGCUUGCAGUUUCGGGGUUGCUCACCGACAAGGCAUUUGGGUAUAUUGGAAAAUAUGGGAAGUCAAUAAGAACUUUAUCUGUUGCUUUUGCAGGGGACAGUGACGUGGGGCUAAGGUAUGUGCUCGAAGGGUGCCCCAAAUUGCAGAAGCUUGAGAUCAGGGAUAGCCCUUUUGGGGAUCCAGCACUCCUCUCGGGGAUUCACCAAUACUAUAAUAUGAGGUUCUUGUGGAUGAAUUCGUGCAAGCUGUCUAUUAGGGGUUGCAACGAUGUAGCUCAGAGGUUGCCUCGCUUGAUCGUUGAAGUGAUUAGAGAUCGGCCUGAAGCUGAUGAUGAGACUGUCGAGAAAUUAUACAUGUAUCGUUCCCUAGCAGGGCCAAGAAAUGAUGCACCGCCUUUUGUGAUGAUCUUAUAGUGUGAUCCUUUCCACUUAAACUGCUAUCAGGAGGAAGGAAAAAAUUGCAAUCGUCUUCUGAUUCCAUGGAGGAGCGUACUCUGCGUAGGGCAGCUGGUUCCGACCAAUGCAUAAAGGUUGAUCUGAUGGCUGGCCUUCAUGAUACCUAAGACAAUCCUCUUUCUCUUCAUUCCAUGGGAAGAUAGUUCCAGUAUAUCCUCUGCCAUGCAUCCAUUUUCUACUUGUUUGGGUUGCUGAAACAACAUUUCAUUGGAGGAACACUGAAAUUUCAUAUUCUUUUUCGGUGGAGGUUUUUAUUUCUAUUGCACAUUUGAUAGUCCGAUCAAACAGAUGGCAGAAGGGGAGAUUAGCGUGAGGAUGUUGUAUAAGUUGGCUGUUGCUUGUAGGCCAUUUUCCUAGCACUCAAUUUUGUCUUAAGAGAGAGAGAGAGAGAGAGAUUACAUGACCGACCACUUUGACUGGUUUUCAGAUGGAAGCUGACCCUUAAAAAUCCUGACCGAAGACUAUUUAUGGCCUCCCAUUCUGUAUGCACAUGACACCAUUCAGGGACUGGUUUAAAGGUCAGGAGGUGAAAUCUGAAACUCCGAAAGAGUCCUUAUUUUAUGUAGGAGUUUUAGCUUAUCAGUGAACAGUAUAAGCAUGAGUGCUUAUUAUUUCAUCUGGUGCUUUUAUUGUUUGGGCAUAUAAACAUAAACAUGAUCUCUAGGACUUGGAAGUUUGUAAUUUUUAACUUUUCCCUUGAUAUAUUACUAUUUCAUUGGCAUAAUGAAUGCAGUGGCCAUAGGGCAUUCAACUGUUGUAGUUGUGGCUGUCCCCAUGGCAUCACUGUUUGCUUGGAGCCCAUUAAUGAUGGGAUCAUGAAGACCUGCAUGAGUUACAGGAAGAGGAUUUUUUUUGACAGGACCAAGUAUCUACCACUCAGAUGGUCAACACAAAGUUGGGUUAUGGUCCCAAUUGAAGUAACACUUCAUUGAUUGGACUAUCUCUAUCAUCAGACUAUUGCACCUUUUGGAUGGCAGGUCAUUGGCUUUUCUGCUCAGAUUGGUAGGCAGGUGAGCAGCAACUGUCAUCUGUGGCCCAUGAAGGUUUAAUUGGACCUGCCUCCACUUGUGAUCUGCACUGGUACCUCUGAUGAGCUACGGAGGAGGAAGAAGAAGAAGAGCUCCGGAGCAAAGUGGCAUUCCGGGUUCUGGGAAAGCUUCGCAUGGACGCAUCUCUUGUGUUCUAUCACAUAUGCUGCUGCAUUUUGCUCAGAUGAUGACACCUUGCUAUAUUGUCUGACAGGUUCAGAUCUGGUGAAAGAGGAGAAGAAAUUGUUGCUAUGAUCAUCAGGUCAUGCAGGUAAUGCCAUGGCUCGAGUGUUGUUAUCCAAGUGACCAAUCAUACUAGCUUUCCAGAUACAUCCAUCUCAUGCAUUGUCCAAAGAGUGGUCAAAAGAUAUUGGAGAAGCCAUAAUUAGGUUUCUGUGGACUCCACCAUACACCAUGAUGAUUGAGGUUGCUGCUGAGCUUAAAAUGUUGAUCUGGAUGUGCAACUCUCCAUCAGAAGAUCACAGAAUCCUCUGCCAUGAAGAAGUCAACAUCAGAGAUCUUCGACUUUGCUGGUCCAUUGUUGUUUUCUGAAAGAAAAGCUUCCUUUUGAUGAUUCUAUGUAGGCACGAUUGAGGUUGAUGCUACUUGUCCAAAGAAGAAGAUGAGAGCUGCUUUGAUGCAAUGGCUUCAAGGAAUGGACUUUGACCAGUUGAUAUGGACUAAGCUGGAAUCAGACAACUCAUGAAGUUGUAUCACUUUGAUGUUGGAUUAUGAUAUGAUAGAAAUAUAGUCUGUCUGCUUGAAGGUUGA